AUGGAACUUCCUCUGACAAAAUUACGAAUAGGACUACAUGUGAUUGUUCCUCUUAUCCUACUUGCAAUAGCUCCAAUCCUGUUUCUUCUUUUUGGUUAUCCUCUCCAUUAUUCAUCAAUAUACAAACAUUUAUCAACUUCAUCGUCGGAAAAAUCUUUUCCAUCGCUUUCUUCAACGUAUAACCAUUCAUCUAGUUCAUCAUCAUCAUCGGAUCUUGACAAGACAUUAUCAUCACAACCAUCAUUGUAUGAUAACGAUUAUGACGACACAUACCAUGGUCACAAGCAAUCAUCUUUACACAACAAUCAUUCCAUAUCAUCAUCGAAUGUUGAUGAGCACCAAGAAACUCCUAGAAAAGAGCAUCGCCGGAAAAAGAGAAAACCGAAGAGAUGCGAUCUAUUCUCUGGUGAGUGGGUCCCAAACCCUGAAGCCCCGUACUACACAAACACGACAUGCUCGGCGAUACACGAACACCAAAACUGCAUGAAGUAUGGGAGACCUGACCUAGGUUUCAUGAAAUGGAGAUGGAAGCCGAAAGAGUGUGAUCUCCCUUUGUUUGAUCCUUACGAGUUUCUAGAGAUCGUUAGAGGAAAAAGCAUGGCGUUUGUUGGUGACUCCGUUAGCAGAAACCACGUGCAGUCUUUGAUCUGCCUACUCUCUCGGGUGGAACAUCCCAAGGAAGACUCAAGACAACAAGACUUUAACUUCCAACGAUGGGAAUACAAAACGUACAACUUCACAAUUGCCACAUUUUGGACAACCCAUUUGGUUCGGUCCGAGGAAGCAGGUCCGGACGGUCCUAACUCAUUCUACAAUCUCUACCUUGACGAACCGGACCCUUCUUGGGCUUCCCAAAUCUCCGGGUUUGAUUACAUCAUCAUCUCCUCCGGGCAAUGGUUUUUCCGACCACUCUUCCUUUUUGACAAACAAAAAAUGAUAGGAUGCUUGUACUGUUACAUUCCCGGGGUCAGAAAUGUUGGGGCACAUUUCGCGUAUAGAAGAGCAUUAAGAACAACAUUUAAGACAGUUCUCGGAUUAGAGAAUUUUAAAGGAGAAAUGUUUCUAAGGACAUUUGCACCUUCACAUUUUGAGGGUGGAGAUUGGGAUAAAGGUGGAAAUUGCAUGAAAACGCGACCCUAUAGGUCCGAUUGA